AGACAGUCUCCUGAUUAUUGACUGGUCGUGUGCAGCAGCAGAGCUCAGCCUCCCACUCUCUCGGUUCAGGCUGAAAAUGACUCAGACAUAUGGGAGAGUUUCUGUGUGUGUCACUCAGGGCGGCUUUCACUGUGGAGAGGCGACUCGGCGAGGCGGUGUGUGUAUCUGCAGCCCUCGACUGGAUUAGUAACAUUUCAGGCUGACUGGCUCUGCUGGCCGCGGGGAGGCACCUGUACGGUGGUAGCGGCGGCGGGGAGUGAAGGCGGCGGUAGGAGCCGCUGCAGCAGCGGGAGGAGCUCGACCCCGGAGCCGCUACUGCUCCAGUCCGGCCUCGCCGGAGCGAUUUCCCGCGCUGCAGCCGCGCCCGGGUCACGGAACAGCGGCGUCUCUCUCUCUCUCUAUCUGUCUGUGGUUCUGCUGAAGGAGUGAGUGUGAGACCUGGAGCCGACAUGGCCCGAGGAAACGAGGAGUCCGCCAACGGGUCCUGGAAGAAGCAGGUCGAUGAUAUUAAGAAGAUCUUUGAGCUGAAGGAGAUCCUGGGGACGGGGGCGUUCUCUGAAGUGGUUCUUGCUCAGGAGAGGUCUACAGGAAAGAUGUACGCAGUGAAAUGCAUCCCCAAGAAAGCUCUGAGAGGAAAAGAGAGCAGCAUUGAGAAUGAAAUUGCUGUACUAAGGAAGAUCAAGCAUGAGAACAUAGUUGCCCUGGAGGACAUUUAUGAAAGCCCCAACCACCUGUACCUCAUCAUGCAGCUCGUCUCCGGAGGAGAGCUGUUUGAUCGGAUUGUGGAGAGAGGCUUUUACACAGAGCAGGACGCCAGUGCUUUGAUAAAACAAGUUUUGGAUGCAGUUAACUACCUCCAUUCACUGGGUAUAGUGCACAGAGACCUCAAGCCAGAGAAUUUGCUAUACUACAACCAAGAUGAAUCCAAAAUCAUGAUUAGCGACUUUGGCCUGUCCAAGAUGGAAGGAGCUGCAAAUGAUAUCAUGUCCACAGCCUGUGGAACUCCAGGAUAUGUUGCUCCAGAGGUCCUGGCACAGAAGCCCUACAGUAAAGCAGUUGACUGCUGGUCUAUUGGUGUUAUUUCUUACAUACUACUCUGUGGUUAUCCUCCUUUUUAUGAUGAGAACGACUCCAAGCUGUUUGAGCAGAUCCUCAAGGCUGAUUAUGAGUUUGAUUCACCAUAUUGGGAUGAUAUCUCAGACUCAGCAAAAGAUUUCAUCAGUAACCUGAUGCUGAAGAAUCCAGAGAAGAGGUUCACAUGUGACCAGGCACUCCUGCAUCCCUGGAUAGCUGGAGACACUGCUCUUCGUAAGAAUAUCCACGAGUCAGUGAGUCGGCAGAUGAAGAAGAACUUUGCUAAAGCCAAAUGGAGACAAGCUUUUAAUGCUACAGCAGUGAUCCGACACAUGAAGCGUCUGCAGCUGGGCAGCAGUUUAGGCAGCAGUAUCGACUCCACCCAGCACAGGAACCAGAACCAAACUCCCGCGCCUAUAAAGAGCCAGUCUGUGGAUGUAUCCUCCAUCAGCCACAAGGACUAUGCAUCCCAGAGAGGUUCAGGGGCGAAGGAGAAGAGAUGUACACGGCCUUCCACCGUCACCACAAUCAUCACCGGCUCCAAGUGACCCAGCCAUCUCUGAAGACAACAGCACCUUCAGACUUAUGAAACACUCUCUCCAUUAUCCAUUGGUCACUUCCUCCAGAUCAGUCUUUGAUCUGGCAGCUGCCAGUCUGCAGCACUGGGUUCACUCCUUGCUGUGCCAGACGGUGGCAUGCCCUAAUUGAGGAGCUCAGACAAAAUGGUGGGAUCAGAGUCUACUGCUGAUCAAAGCUGCUGUUGACCUGCUUGGUACGUGUUUUGUAUUGUGGAGCUGAGGUUGACUAAUGCACUACGGAGGUGAAGGACUAUUUAAGGCUGCUUUUAGUCGGAAAAUAUGAAGAAAUGUCAUUAAGGUAGAUUUAUUUAAUAUGGUCUGUUCACUUCAGCUGGUUUAUAUGAGUUGACCAACCAGCUGGAGCAGCAUUUUCUGCUAAAAACCAAACGAGAUAUUAGAUGAUGGCAUGCAGCACAGGUUAGGUUUAAAUUAGGUUUUCUCCUUAACUGGGCCUGCAUUUUAAGGUAACAUCCAAUCCAGAUAUAGUUUUUUGACUGGUCACAUGACCAGCUGUGAGUGAGUAAAGAAUAAAGCUGAAACUAAAAUGUUUUUAUUGCAUUUCUAUUGAUUUAAGAUCCAUUCUAUGUUUACAAGAGAGCAGUAAUUUGUUUAUUUGAAAGUGAAACAAGUCAAACUGUAAUAUUAGAGCAUAAUUUGUAUCCAAACAACCACAUAACUCCUGCCCAGUUACCCAAAGCAUUGUACUGUAAAGACCCCAGAGUGUGUAAAUGGAUUGAUUGGCACGUACAGUGUUGUUUGUGGUAUUGAUUUUGGUAAACACACCACAAAAGUUUCAUUUUAUUUCUGAACUGUGCAUAAAUCAGUCAGUAAAAUAGAAUGUGUACUGUAACUCUAGUGCUGAUACGUACGGUUUUCUUUUUCCACUCUCUGUGGGUACUGGUGAAGUGUGAUUUGUUUGAUGAUGUAAAAUGUUUUGGUAUGAAGUGUUAUCUGGAGUGUGUAUUGUUGAAGGUGAAUGGACAUAUAUAUAUAUAUUUACAUAUAUAUUUUUCAUGUACACUUGAUUAUAUUUGGUUUGCUAUAGAAUAGUCACCGCUGUUUUUUCAUGUAAGUAAAAUGUAGGCUAUACCUGCUCUCAGGAGUAUGUUUGAAGGUAGUUGCCAGUGAUUCAUUACAAACAGAUUAGGGAUGCAAUGAAUUUUGGGCAACCAGAAUUAUUUGGCUGAAAAUGGCAAAAAAGCACUUUCAGUAUUUAGAUAAAUAAGUAGAAAAAGAAUUAUACCAGACCAUCAAUUUAAUCACCAGGUUUGACCCCAGUUUCCUCCCGUAAUUCACUCUUACUUAUCCUUCUUUUUUAGUAAUCAUUUUUGAUGCUAAGGCUCUCCCUGGAACCUUUACUCAGCAGAUCAUCAAAGUCACACUGAGAUAUUAUAAAAUAAAUUUUAAAAGUGUACUCCAGUCAGUUGGGAAUGCGCACUACCUAAACUUUUCAAAUUUUCUAUUCGACUGACACCACCAAUUUGAACUCUUACCGGCCAAGGCCCUGCACUGUACUGGGUAAGUACAUGCCAAUAUUAUGAUUUUCUGAGUAGAAUAUACAGAUAUCAUAUACAUAUCAUAUCAAACAGCAACCCUAGCAAACCAGCAUUGUAUGAUUAACCCACUGUAUGAUCAACCUGUAUAAUUCUGUCUUCUUUGCAGCCAUGUUAAAUGGUUAAAGAUGACCUCUUUAACCUCAACCUGUACACGAUUAACUAUCAGCGAGUAAUCCAGCUCGAAAACAGUUAGCAUCUCAGCUAACUGGCCUUGUUUGGUAAAUAGGAGUUCCCCACUGGGAAGUUGCCCAGGAAAUCCAUUCCUCCUUCAUGAUUUGUAGUGGGAAAAACAACAUCAGUUGGCUGAGAUGAUAACUGAUUUUGAGCUGGGUUACUCGCUGAUGGGUUGGUCGUGCAGGUUGAUACCAAAGUUCCUGAGUUGAGGUCAUCUUUAACAAUUUUAACAUAGCUGUAAAGAAGACAGAAUCAGGAAGGUAUGUAAUCGUAUAUUUUUAAUGGUGCAUCUGCUGUUCAUUUUUGUUUGUGCACCUUCUUUUAUUCUGUAAUCUAUGCUCAUUUAACUUGAAAUGAAUAAAAAUAAAUAAAAACCUGUGUUCACUAUUCA